CUUAAGUAGGUCAUCAUCUUACUUUCAACCUCCUAUAAAUUAUUCAUUUCCGCUGCAUUUUCUCUUUCGCCUUUCUCCAACAAUUUUCCCCCAAUUUAAUUUCAGCUCUUCGGAGAAUUUUCCAGGCGUUACUUUUUUUUCUGUGGAAAAUAAUUAAAAAAGAUAUAAAAAAAGAUGAAUCGUUGGGAGAUUCAACAAAACGCCAUGGCGGUAGGUUGUGAAGAGAUGAGGGGCCCAGUUACAGUUCCAUUAUCGGAUCGUAAAGGUCCGCUUCUUGUUUGCCCGAAACCUCGACGAAUCGGGUUUUUAGCUGGUAAUCUUACCAUGUCUCUUAGAUGGCAAAGAAGUUGCCAGCAAUCUGAGAUUUGUGAUUCAAAGGCAGGGGCUGAACUUCUCGAUAUGAUUCUUUCGAAGGAAGGUCAUAGUGAAGGAAAACCAUUAGCAAGAGAGAUUGCAUCUUCACCCCCAUUUUUUAGUGGAUCACCACCAAGUAGAGUUUCUAACCCAUUAGUCCAGGAUGUUCAGUUCGGGGAUGAAAAAUUAUCCCCGUUGUCAACUUUACAACUCGCGUCUCCUUCAACUUCUGCAUCGCCUUCACCAUCACCAUCGGCUAUGAAAUCCGGUGGUGCUAGGAUGAAGUUCGGUCUCAAGUCACCCACGGUUAGAGUAGAAGGUUUUGAUUGCCUUGGCAGGGAUCGCCAGAAUUCGGGCAUCACUGCUGUGGCUUAAAGAAGCUGGACAAAAAUUCAUUUGGAUAACUGUAUAUAUACAAAACCCUAAUGAAGCGGCCAUUGCUGAAUCAAUCGCUGCAAAUUUCGUCGAGAAAAGUUGGAUUUUGAUGAAAAGAAGUAUUUUUUGUUGUGUAGAAAAUUGCUGGAGAGAAUAUCUUGCCGUUGUAUAUAGGAUGUGGUUCUCUGUUAGAAUACCAAAGGAGAUUUACCUAGAGGUCUGAUCUCUUUUCUUUUUUGUACUAUAUGAGAGGAUUGUAAGAGGAAUUUCAAAUUUGUAUAGAGAGCCAUUUAAGUGGGUCUGACCUUGUAACUUAUGGUGUAAAUAUAUGCAUUAUGCCCAUUUGCUAUUA